AAUAUAAUAUAUAUAUAAAAUAUAUAAAAUACAAAAAAGACAUUUACAGUGCUCAGUGGUAAAUUGAUGUUCAGAAAAUGUAUUUUCCUCCAGAAAUAUGGGAACAUAUAUUUUUAUAUGUUGAUGCAGUGACGCUUACGAAUUUAAAACUUGUAUGUAAUUCCUGGAAUGAAAUCAUCAAUAAGAUUUUGAAGAAAAAUAACCACUGGUUCAAAGCUUGUGAAAGAGACAUACCAGAAUAUUUAUGGAGCACUUUCUGUGAGUCAUUGAAUCCUACAAGGUAUUACACUGAAUUCCAUGAGAAAUGUGAUUCUGAAAUGUGGAUGGCAUUAUACAAACUAUGGAUUACAUGCAAAAAUGUAAUGAGAUGGAAUUUAGAUGCUAAAUUCAUUGAACCAUUAAGAGCAGACAAUAGCACAGAACAGAUUACCUGCAUUGGAACAUCAGGAAACCUAAUGGCUGUGGGAUCUAGUGAAGGUUACAUUUAUUUUUACGAUAUUUGUGAUAUACAUAAAGGAGCAUUUUAUGUAGUUGAUCAUUUGGAAUGUGUGCAGAGCAUACAAUUUAUUAGAGAUGAAACGUGUACCGUUUGUGUAUGUCGUUCUCCAAACAACCACAUAAGUAUGUGGGAUGUCACAGAAAAAAUGUUGAUUGAAAAAAAAAGGGGGGAGCUGAUUUGUACAAGUUACAGUUAUUGUUAUACUGCUGUCCGUAAUAUGAUAAUUGUCGAAGGGCCAAUACCUAAAACAAUAUAUGAAUUUAAUACAACUAAAGUUAUUGCUAUUGGUGCAGAUAAUGAUAAGGUACACCUUUACACACGGGAGCAUUUUGUGCAUUUAAAUUUGGAUGGUGGAAGUAAGAAGUAUGUAACUUGGACUCUUGCUGAACCGCCAAACACAAGAAUUCGUCGUUUUUAUAUAUUUAAACCGGAUAGGGUUGUCUGCAUCGCAGAGAAUGGUUAUCUAGGAUUUUUAGUGAAAGGCGAGGAAUGGGAAAUGCACAAUUUACUUCCGAUUCUACAUGCCACUCCGACCACGGUUUUAGUAUAUGGUCAUGUACUUUUCGUAGGCGUAGAUUCUGGAAAUGUCCAUGCAUUUUAUAUAGAUGACUUCGAAGCAAUUAACUUCAAUACCAUUGAUUCUAAGCAAUUGACCCUUGAAUACACAGCUGUUGUGUCAUUGAAUAUACUCGCACAUAUCGAAUCCUAUUUAAUAGUUUCUUAUACAAAAAAAGUCUACUUAGUUCAAUUAAAUUAACAUGUAGUUUUUAUUUCUAAAUAUUGGUGAAGGAAUUGUUUCCUUUGGCAGGGCAAUAAACUAUAUAUCUAUGUAAACAUUCAUAACAUACUUAUUAGAAAAAUUUAUUUUACAAAAUUAUAAUUUAAUAUUUAAAUUACUGGAA